AUGAAUUCCGAAAACAGAUCCGGAGUCAUCUAUUUCGAAGUCGAAGAGCUUUCACUCACCGAAAUGGAAGAAGAAAUUUUGCGCAUCGCUCUCCAAGGAGACCAAGAUUUCGACGAUCCACCCAUCGUAGACCCAGCCCUCGUAGACCCAGCCCUCGAAGAGCCCGUCAUCGACGACCCGCCAGUCGAAGUACCCCUUCUUCAACUCCGACCACAACCACCGCAACCACAACCACAAUCAUUCCGGUACUCAAACAUCAUCACGUUGAUCCAGAUCAUCGAGUUGAUUGCUUUGAUCGUCAUAGCUUUCUUCUUCCUCUCCGACUGCUUUUCUCCUAAACCCACACCCACCCGAACCGGACCACCACCUCCAACACCAGCUGGACGGUGA